CUCUUUCUUCCUCGGGGAAAAAACAUGGAAGAGAAGAAGCCUUAUUUGGCCGCCAUCCUUAUACAGUUUCUAACGGCCGGAAUGUUCAUUCUCUCCAAGGCUGCAUUUGAUGAUGGUAUGAACACUUUUGUCUUCAUUUUUUACAGGCAGUUUGCUGGAACGCUGCUUUUGGUCCCUUUAGCCAUGACCUUUGAAGGGAAAAGUGCAUUCUUGAUAUCAUUUAGGACCUUCUGCAAGACUUUCCUCCUCUCUUUAGUUGGGAUUACAGUAGGACUAGAUGUAUAUGGGAUGGCUCUUGUGUACACAUCUACGACGCUAGUGGCAGCCGUUACUAACUGCCUCCCGGUUAUUACUUUUGCGUUAGCGAUUUUUCUCAGGAUGGAGAAGGUAAAUUUAAGGACAAUUACUGGAUUGGCAAAGGUGGGUGGACUGAUGUUGUGUUUGGCCGGAGUGGUGACCCUUGCUUUCUAUAAAGGACCAACCCUAAAACCAUUAUGGCAUUUCCAUCACCAUUGCCACUAUGACCAUGGUACUUCUAGUGAAAAAUGGAUCUUGGGUUGUUUUUUGAUGUUUAUCUCGACCCUAUGUUGGGCUCUUUGGAUUGUUUUUCAGGCAGGGAUUUUGGAAGAAUACUCAUCAAAGCUGGGGUUCACAUCCCUCCAGUGUUUCUGCAGCACUGCUCAGUCCUUUGUUGUUGCCAUUGCCAUGGAAAGGGACCCUUCUCAGUGGAAGUUGGGAUGGAAUAUUAGGUUAUAUGCUAUUGCUUAUAGUACUUUGAUGAUAACUGGGACUGGAUAUUAUGUGCAAGCAUGGCUGAUUGAGAAGAAAGGGCCAGUUUUCCUGGCCAUGUGGACUCCUUUGGCUCUUGUUAUUACACUCUUCUUCUCAGUGUUUCUGCUGGGAGAGGUUAUUAGAUUGGGAAGCAUUUUAGGAGGAAUACUUCUCAUCGGAAGCCUCUACAGCGUGCUGUGGGGGAAGAGUAAAGAAAAGAGGUUAAAUAGUGAAAAUGAUUUUGUUAACACCAAUUGUAAGCCGGCUGAACAACCUGUGUAACCAGGGGCGGGCAGAUAUGUAGAUUGUA